AUGGCCGAAGCUUCCUUGACCGACGUGGAUCUGAGAGCAUCCUCAGGCGAUACUGCCCUCGCCGUGCUUAGUAUGUUUUGGAUUGCGCUACGUUUUGUCAGGAUGGAUGCGGAGCAAUGGACAGAUGCACAGAGAGGAACGCGUAGCCAUCACAAACAAGCUCGCACCAUUUCUGAAGCUAUGCCGGGAGGUCGAGAAUUUGAAGAAAAUGAGUAUCCAUGGACUGUCAUACUGUUGCGAGGGCAAAGACUGCGCUGCAGUGGCGUGCAGAUAUCUCCACGACAUAUUCUGACAGCUACGCACUGUGUUUUGAUCUACAAUGAAAAAGUGAGGUCUGAUCUGUGCGCCAUAAACCGUCCACAAAGCAUCGUUUCCGUGCUAAUGGAGCCACAAGAGGUAUCAGUUCUCAUAGGUGGAAAGAAAAUCUACUGCGACAAUUUUACUUGUCAACACAAUAAGGCUUUGUAUGGAGCAAAAAAGAUCACUGUGAAGGAAAUGAACAUGUGCGACUUUGACAAUGAUUUAGCCAUCAUUGAGCUCAGCCAAAAUGUCUCGGAAAAUGACUCGACUGCGAUCUGCAGCCCAAAGAUGGCUUGCAACUGA